AUGCCUAUCCACGAAUUCCAAGUUGUUGGUCGUCACGUUCCAACUGAAAGAGAUGCAAACCCAAAAAUCUACAGAAUGAGACUCUUUGCUCAAACCUCAAUCCACGCUAAGAGCCGUUUCUGGUAUUUCUUAUCAAAGAUUGUUAAGAUGAAGAAAUCCACUGGUGAAAUCCUCAACGUCACUGAAAUCUUUGAAGAUAAACCACAAAAAGUUAAGAACUUUGGUGUAUUCAUCAGAUACAACUCUAGAUCUGGUACCCACAACAUCUACAAGGAAUACAGAGAUCUCACUCGUUGUGGUGCUGUUUCUCAAAUGUACGACGAAAUGGCCUCACGUCACUCUGCUCGUGAAUCAUCCAUCCAUAUCAUUGAUAUCAAGGAAAUCGCCGCCUCAUUAACCAGACGUGCCAACACUAAACAAUUCCACGAUUCAAAGAUUAAAUUCCCAUUAACUCACAGAAUUGCUAAAUCAAAAUCAACCUUUGUUGCCAACAGACCAAAUACCUUCUUCUGUUAA